AUGGAUUCAGCAAGGCCUGAAAUGCAGCUUGCCGAUAGACUUGGUCCACUGCAAAUUGUUCACCCACCUCCUCCAAAUGAGCAGGAUUGGGUGCUCACAAGUGGAAACGAAUCCCUUGUUGACAAUGUGCUGUCGAUAUCGCUGAAAUUCGGUGGCCGACUGGUUUCAAUGGGUUAUUUUGUUCGUCAACGUCAAGUCGUAUAUUACGCAAUUAUGCACAAGUAUACCGGACCGGUUUUCAUCAAACCCAGUCCGAUGACGUACGAUGAGCUCAUGAUUGCUGUGAAGGAAAACAAGAAGAGAGAUCUAGUUCUAACACAGAUCUGUGGUCAAGAGGAGAAAGGACGAACCACCUUCACCACCUAUUGGGAAGAAAUUCCGGACACUGACUACGAAGUGUGGUUUCCUGGAUCUGACAAUGCGACUUCACAGCGGCUGAAGUUUGAACGCGAUGGCCUUCGGCUGGCAUAUCUAUGCGGGUACUCAGAAAACGGGAGAGGAAGGUAUGUGGGAGUUUGGCAAACGCGACGAUCAGAUCCAGUGCACUAUGAGGCCCAUUAUGGUCUUACUUUAGAUUCCUGCAUGCUUAGGAACAAACUGCUCACUUCUAAAGGAUACAUAGCGACUUUAUUCAACGUUCUCUGCACGGGUAUAUGGGAGCAACGAGAAGGUCGUAAGAGUUUCAUUAUUAUCGGUGAGGAUCUCAAACAGAUGUACAGCCAGUUCCAAAAUAAUCCAAAAUGCCUUCCGCGGCAAAUCUCACAUUUUGUGGACAGAAUGGGAGCAGUCAAAUAUGCCGUUCUAUGGAGUGACUUUCAUUCCAAUCGCUACCCUGAUGUAGAAGCUCUUUGGAGCAAAAGAGAAAUACCUGUCCGUUUUCUUCAAGGAUCACCGGACCUGCUGUCCGAGUCACAAAUGGAUUUUUUAAUUGAAAGAGUUGAACAUUUCAUGCGUGAACUCAAUAUACCUGGUCUAUCGAUCGCCAUUUCUAAAAGAGAGCAACUCAAAUUUGCGGCUGGUUUUGGCUACGCACAAGUACGUGAACAGGAAAUCGUUACUCCAAAUCAUCAGUUUCGGGUGGGCUCAGUAUCAAAACCAAUUACUGCUUGCGCGAUUUUGCUUCUUGUAGAUCAAGGAAAAGUCAAACUGGAUGACAAAUUAUUCGGACGCGAUUCGAUUUUCGGCAACAAGUUUGCUAAGCGAAAGUCUCACAAAAAAUACGUUACUGAUGUAACUGUUCGACAUUUACUGGAACACACUGCAGGAGGUUGGGAUAAUCUGCAGUCCGAUGCCGCAUGGAUCCAACCACAAAUGAGUACUGAAGAGUUAAUCGCAUAUGUUCUGGAGAAUGUGCCUCUAGAUCAUAAGCCCGGAACUAAAUGGAUUUACUCCAACUUUGGAUACCAGCUUUUGGGAUAUCUCGCCGAACAUUUAACUGGAAUGACGUACGAGGAUUUUGUGAAGAAGUCAAUUUUUGCUCCAUCAGGAGUUCAUGACAUCCAAGUUGCAGGGCCUAGCAUAAGUGAAAAAGCACCGCGCGAGGUCCUGUACUACAUGAGUGGGAAUAAUCUCGGUUUUGAUCCAUAUGAAAUGUUACCGUCGGAACGUAUUGGACCAUGGGGUGGAUGGAUUGCAAGUCCAAUACAGUUGCUUAUGUUUAUGUCACGAGUCGAUGGAUUCCCCCACAGGAGCGAUUUGUUGUCUACAGAGGCCAUCAAACAGUGUUCCACGCCCUCCUCCCCUUCGAACAAUACCUAUGGUCUCGGGUGGUCAUUGAACAUUAUGGGCUUCAAUGGUUGGCAACAUGAUGGUCGAAUGCCUGGCAGCGCUGCUAUGCUGGUUCGAUUGGAUAACGGGUUAGAGCUGGCAAUAACUGUAAACAAGGAAUAUUCCGAAAGAGAUUUCUUCCAUGAACUUGGCUAUGUUCUACAUCAUAUUGGUAACAACCACGAUUGGUGGAACGAUGACAAAGAUCUCUUCUAUCACCUCCAUAACUAG